GGGGAGGAGUUGCAGUUUAAGCCUCCGAGCCACGGCCCGGGCAGGUUUGUCCCAAUGGAGGCGCCGUAGCGUCCCCGGCAACCGGUGUAGCUGGUAACUAAGGCCGGCGCUUGGGGGAAGGAGGCCGCGCCUGCCGUGGGACCAUGGACGCGGCGCACCGAGCUGCGCUCCUCACCGCCUCCUGCCUCAGGACACCCGUGAACCCGCGCACCAGGGCGCCGCUGGCUCUGUACGAGCGGGAGAGGCGCCCGCCGGCCGCCGCGGAGCAGCAGGAUGAUUUUGACUUGGACAGUUAUACUGAGACACGGCAAAGCCCCACUGUAACUGGGAAUUGUGAGGACUGGAUAGACUUUCCCAAAAUGUGCCACUCAAACCAGGAAUACUACUUGAAGCUGGAAGAGCUGAAGAAUGCCCACCUGGAAACUAUGGCAAAACUGGAAAACAUGUAUCAGAAUAAGCUGCAUUUGAAAGGAGUACAGCCCCUGGACAAUAAGGAUGCUGCUCCUAGUUUGUGUUAUAGAUCAAUAUGGGAUAAGAGCUCAUUUCAGCCUCUGAAUUUGCAUAAAUCUUUUUCUGAGCCUGACUUAAAUAAUCUGUCCUAUUCAAGUUUGUCUGAUGCAGAAUUAGAGUUGGAGGAAGAAAAUGGUAGUGAAACUGGGUCACUGACAUUUGCUAAGGAGCAGAUUGAAAAAAUGUGGGAUGGGUUUUCUGUGGAGGACUAUGUCUAUCACACUAAACAUAGUUUACCAAAUUCACCAACAUUCAAAAUGAUGGGGAAGAAGCAGAAAGAGUGGUCACCAAAGGUCACUGUGCCUAAGCCUUUCCAGAUGACUAUUCGAGAAGCUAAGAAAAAACAACAGAAUGUCAAAUCAAAGUCACAGAUAGAAAUGGAAAAUAAUUUAUUGAAGAAACAACUAGAGGAAGAAGCAGAGUGUCAAAAGAAAUUCAGAGCUAAUCCCGUGCCUGCUUCUGUCUUCCUUCCGCUCUAUCAUGAAAUAAUGGAAAGAAAUGAAGAACGCAGGAAGUUUGUGAAAGAGAGAAGCAAAGAUAUGCUUUUGGCCUCUCAGAGACCAUUUCAGUUUAUCAAGAGGGAGGAGCAAAGGAAAGAAAUUAGGAAAAUGCAAUUAAAAGACCUUUCAUUGCCUGAAAGGAAAACAAAAUUAUUCCAAGCAAAACCUGUCCCUAAAUCUGUUUACAGUCCAGCCAUUAAUGAUAAGUUAAAAGAAGAAGAGCUCUAUAGAGAAAUUAGGAUCCAAAUGAGAGCUGAAGAGUUGCUACAUAAUUCAUCUCUUCCCAAUAGCAGAUUGGCUCGUAGAACUAUCUAUAAACAGAGGAAACAAAAGUGCAAUCAACAGAAAGAAGAACUGGAGCAUAAACCAAAGAUCAAAUCUAGGGUUCCAGACUUUGAAACACUACACCAAAAAUUCCAGAAUAGGCUCCUGAAACAGAAACUUGUGAAACACAUCACAGUUUGUGAACCCUUCAAUCUUCGUACUCCACAUAUCCCAUCCAACAAAGGGAAGAUUCUGCAGGACAUUCAAGCAGAUGAAGAAAAAUUAAAAGAAACACGCUGGCCAUACGCCUCUCCAAGAUGCAAACCUCGAAUGAGGUGUUCAAGUGCAAAUUCAUCUCCCUUAGGACCUGAGGAAUCUAAAUCUCCAAGAAUCACAGAGUCUACGAAAAGACGAAUACAAGCUAUAAGGAAAUCACUUGAGGAAAAGAGAAAGCUGGAAGAAGAGCAAAAAAGGAUCAGAGCAAAGCAGAAACAAAGAGUGAAAAAACUGCAAAAACUUAUAACAACUCGGGCUGAGGCCAAUGACCCACAUCAGAGCCUAGCUCGGAUGUCUAAAUCCAAAUUAAAAAUAAUCAGGAAACAUGAGAAGCAGAGAAUGCAAGAGUAUCUGCAGGAGCGGGAAGAAAUGGAAGAAAGAGUAAACCAGAGGCCAUUGCUUUUGGAAAGAGCCACUCAGAAAAAUGCCAGAAUAGCAGCAGAAAAGCAUUACUCUGAUAUACUGAGAGAACUGGGGAUUUGUGAGGACUUCCUUUCAAAAAAAAGUCAAACUGCUAAAUUGCUGGACCACUCCAAUGCUAAAGGCUUUGGAAGCUGCACUGAAGACAGAGAAAGUCUUAAUGAAGAUAUAGUUCAAGAAAGAGAAUCCUGGGAUGGGGAGAAGGUAAAUCUGCAAUCUGACCAAUCUUGUGAGGAGGCGGAAGAGGAGAAGGCAAGCUCUCAGUCUGACCAAUCCUGGGAGGAAGAGGAGAAAGCAAGCUCACAAUCUGACCGAUCCUGUGAGGAAGAGGAGAAAGCAAGCUCACAGUCUGAUCAUGAGGAUGUUGUGGAAUGUGAGGAUAAAUAUGAAGAUGGUUUAGAAGAAAAACCUAGUAAGGCUGAAGCUAACUGAAAGGAAGGAAGACAGACUUGCUUCUCUUAUUGCCUUGGAGCUCAACACACAUUUCAUUGCUGGCAAUGGGUAUAUGCUAAAGAAAAACCUGACUCUUGGUGCUACAGGCAUUUUGAACUGCAUACGUGUAGGUCUUGUGUGAAUUUCUAUUUGUUAGCAUAAUAUAACUUCUAAUGCUGAAUUUGCUUUUUUUUCCAGUAAGAAAAAAAAAUUCAUUUCCAUUAGCAGUUACACUUCUUAAUAUAUGCUUUAUUCUAAACUUCAUUGCAUGAGCACAUUUCUGUGUUCAGAAAUACUAGCCACGGUUUAAAACUCACUUCUUUCAUUCCUGUUGGCUAAUACUUAAGCUUUUACAUUUCCAGCUCUUUGCCUUCAUGCUGACAAAACAGGGUGGGAAUGAGUCAUCAGGAAGGAGAAACAGUGGUGUUACUCCAAUAACAAAGAUUUUAGAGCAGCAUUACUUCUCAUUUCAGCACUUCUAGGAUCUGCUCAGUUUUAACUAGCCCUGAAUAUAUUCUCCCAUUAUGGCAGUGGAAAUUUGGGUGCAACUCCCAUUAAGAAUGAUGAUGGGAGUUUCUUGUGUAAAUCCUCUGGCCAUCAUUGGCAGAGUGGUAGCCAGGGACAUCAAAAUACCAACUUGCUAUGCAGCUGGACUGUCCUUGCAACUGCUUAAUGAAUGCUCAUUUUAAUAUAAUUUAUUAAUAGCACCCCACAUAUUACGGCUCUUGGGACACUGAACAGGAUAACAAAACCAUCAUUAAUAUACAAUAAACAAAUAUGGAGCCCCUCAUUCAACUUCUAUAGGACUUUGUAAUGCUAAAAGAGGGGAGGGGGAAUGAAUUUGUAGCAUGAAUUUCAGAAGCGGAAUUUGUAUUUUUGUUAUAUUAUUAUUAGAACAAAUGUCUAAUCAAAGCUCCAAAAUUGUGUUCGCUGUAUGAUAUCUUUAAUCUUUUUGUUUUAAGAACCAUUCCAAGAUCACAUGAAAUAAUUCAUUAUAAUGCAAUAAUGAACAUUAGUUUUAAUCUGCAAGAUAGUUUUAUUGAAAUAGUGAAGUUACUGUAAAUCAAGAAAUUAUUACGUGUUAAAAAUACAACACUUGCAACUGUG